ACGUAUCUUCCCUGUUCGGUCCUCCUCCAUCUUCUAAACCUAAAAAACAAACAGGCGAUUGACAGAUCUUCUUUCAUUCUACGAUUCAGCAGGGAACGUAAGGUUCAAUCAGCCAGCCAGCAGAUUGCAGGAAUUCAGUUAUUUAAUAACAUAAAGAAAGAGGCAUGCCGGCACAAAAGAUUGAAACGGGUCACACAGACACUGUCCACGAUGUAUGCAUGGAUUAUUAUGGAAAACGAGUGGCAUCUGCAUCCUCUGAUGCCACCAUCAAGAUAAUCGGUGUAAGCAACAACUCUACUUCCCAGCACUUGACCACUUUGACCGGUCACAACGGUCCAGUAUGGCAGGUCACGUGGGCCCACCCCAAAUUCGGGUCACUUCUAGCAUCGUGUUCUUAUGAUUCAACCGUUAUAGUUUGGAAGGAAGGUAACCCAAACGAGUGGACCCAACUCCAUACUUUUAGCGACCAUAAAUCUUCGGUCAACUCUAUCGCCUGGGCCCCACACGAGCUUGGUCUCUGUUUGGCUUGUGGCUCUUCUGAUGGGAACAUUACCAUUCAUACCGCCAGGUCAGAUGGUGGGUGGGACACCACACGGAUUGACCAGGCUCACCCAGUUGGAGUCACCUCGGUUUCGUGGGCCCCAUCGAUGGCUCCCGGGGCUCUGGUUGGAUCUGGUGGUGCUUUUGAACCCGUUCAAAAGCUGGCUUCUGGUGGGUGUGAUAACACUGUAAAAGUAUGGAAGCUAUCUAACGGGAUCUGGAAAAUGGACUGUUUUCCUGCUUUACAAAUGCACAGUGAUUGGGUUCGUGCUGUCGCGUGGGCCCCAAACCUGGGACUUCCGAAAUCAACAAUCGCAAGUGCUUCCGAGGACGGUACAGUUGUGAUAUGGACCGUUGGUAAAGAAGGUGAUAACUGGAAUGGUAAGGUUUUGUAUGAUUUUAAGGUCCCCGUUUGGAGGGUAUCUUGGUCUUUAACCGGAAAUAUUUUGGCGGUUGCUGCUGGCGGUAAUAAUGUUACUUUAUGGAAAGAAGCUGUUGACGGAGAAUGGCAACAGGUAACCACCGUUGAUUAGCAUUUCUUCAUGCUUGUGUUCGUGUUUUUUCUAUGCAUCUUGUGUUAUUCUUGACUCGUUUAGAUUGAAUUUGGUUUGAACCAUUCUGAACUCGGUUUUAGCGCGACGUUACUAGUCGAAGAAUAUAACUAGAACUUUUAUUGGAUGUUUACGUUUCGGUUAUUGUUCGGUAUGCAAUUAUGCAUAGAAGCUUUGAAGGUUAAGGUUUGUUUGGUUCAUGCUC